UCGUGCUAGUUAGAGGUAAUGGUGCACCUGAUCCACCGUUCUCGGCAAGACAUACAAGUCUUCCACCGCGUUCAUUGCGAUUGAACUCAUCCGUUUGUACGUCUUUUCGAUGAUAGUCACAUGACGAUGGAUCUAGGUGAAUGUUUGCUGCGUCUUUUAAGCGAUAUAUACGUGUAGAACUGCAGUCAUUCUAGGAGCGGCCUCGUAGCGGGGGGCGCGAAGACUAGCGGUGGAGCCAAGGCGUCGUGCAACGGGAGAGGAAGCUUUCUUCUACCCGUUGCCUGUUCUUUUCUUCUCCACACGAGGAAACAUACAAGGGAACCAUGCGACAGGGUGAUUCUAGGAGAAACUUGACGUCGUCAGAAGUGACGUCACCGUUUGAUGAUGCAGUGUCGGACGUCUCCGAGAGGUCAUCGAGCAGCUCCGUACUCACGCGCAUGCGCGAUGCGUACGGCAUGUCACGUGGCCCACUGGAUUACUACGACAAGGUGUGCGAAGUGUUCGUAACAACAGCUCUAGCGACGGUCUUACUUUUUGUCACCCUGGCUCUACCCACGGCGAUGUUCCUCAUUGGCAUCCAGAAUCUCCAUAGCUGCCCUAUCGAGCCAAAGAUCCCCGUGUACCUGGCGGUAGGGGGCGCUUUUGGCAUGCUGAAGACGCUGAUGAUGCUGUGGCAGAGUUACGAGGCGCGGAAGAACGAGUCGGACGACUACGUGGGCAUGAACGACAGCUUCGCGACCCGGGAGUCCAACGCCGGUGUGCGGUGCUUCGACAUGUUCGUGGGACUCUUCCUCUUCGUGUGGUUCAUCCUGGGGAACUACUGGGUGUUCAAGGUGUACAUGCCGCCUUUCGAGCGCCCCCGUCUGACGCCGAGCCAUUACUGCAGCCCGACGGUGUACCUUCUCGCGUUCGGUGCCAUCUGUGUGGGAUAUUCUCUCAUGGCACUCAUCGGGUUGCUCUUGCUGUGUAUCAUGAUUCUCAGCCGGGGUGGGGAGGGCGAAGAGGAGGGCGACCCGGAAGACUCCAGAACGCUAUCUCCAUAGUAACUAAUGAAUGUUCAAACAACGUUCCUACUACUAGCCUGACCGAAUAGUGACCCUCAGAAUACCAGGAAGAUCAACAUUGUUACUACGUACCAGCACCAUAAAACUAUACCAUAGCCUGUGAAUCCUUGACGCAGGGCCCCACUACUCUCCAAGCAGAGGUUAGGC